AUGACUCGCCAAUUUCAGGUCCUGCGUGGAUGGUGGCACUGGGCGCAGGACCUGCGCUUGGCGGCGCUGGAGCGGCAGAUCCGGCAGGAUCCCACAAAUCUGCGCCGCCGCCGGCUCGCAGCAUCCUUGUACUGCAGAAAGGCCGAGGAGGCUUGUGACAUGGGCGAAUCAAGUGAGCUGGAGAAGGCCAACGUCCACUUGAAGGCAAUCCUCUCGGCCUCCGAGGAUGCUCGGUUCCUGCACCAGACGCUCACCAGCGUUCUGGGGCCAAGGCUCUUCUACCGGCUGCCAAAGCUCGCGGCCAGGUACAUGCGCAAGAUCGCGCUGUCGGCCGAAUGCCUCGAGGAGUUCUCCAGCCGCAGCGAGUUCGAAGAGCGGGCCACACCGUACCAUUUGGCCAACGCCCUCUUGAUCCUGAAAGCUGCCGGUGAGGUAGAGGCAGCGGCUGAGCUCUUCGAGGAAGCCCAGGAGCUACGCUGGCAAAGUCAUCGGCCAAUAACCUGGCAAAGCCUCCAGCAGACUCCAGCAGUUCACAUCAAGGGCUUGGCGCACCAACCGUUCUGGAAUCCGAAGCCUCCACUGGCAACUGUCUUGCAGGAGAACCACCAUGCGAUCAAGCAGGAGUUGGCAGAGCUUCGGCAAAAGCGCUGCGAGAGGGCCAGCCAGGUCCUUGCUGCCUAUCCCAAUCUGGUGGAGCAAUCAGGAGUCUGGGACAUGCUGCAGCUUUACUCGGGGCGCCAGUGGAACGAGGAUGCCUGUGCGCUGCUGCCGUUUACCGCGUCUUUGUUGCGGCAGUUCUUGCCGAGUGCCGAUGUGCCUUACAUACACUACAACACGGAGGAAGUGGUGGUCUUCUUGCUUACUCCAGGCACCCGGGUGAGGCUGCAUAAUGGAGGCAGCAACGUCCCAAUCAACCUGUCCCUCGGCCUGGAAGGCUGCAGUGGCUCCAAAUGCGAGGUCGCUGGGGAGGUGUGCGCCUUCGAGGAUGGAAAGGUCAUCGCCUUCGACGACGGCUCCGACCAUCGGGUGUGGCACGAUGGAUCACAGGAGCGAUGGGUGCUGACUGUGCGCAUUCUGCAUCCAGACCUGGCGAAAAGCCCAAAACGUCCCUCAGAGCGAAGAAGUUCCAUGAAUUUCCUUUGA